ACAAGAAGAGCCCAAAGAAACCAGAUAUGGUCAGCCCAUUAACAAUGUUUCGGUAUUCAGAUUGGUUGGAUAAAUUACUAAUGGGACUAGGCACUGUCAUGGCAAUCCUUCAUGGCAUCAGUCUCCCACUCAUGAUGAUAGUCUUUGGAGACAUGACAGAUAAUUUUAUUAAUCCAGGAAUUGAAUUAGAUCCAGGGAAUUCUUCUUUGGGAAAUAUUUCUGCAGGGAAUUACUCUAGAUAUAAGAACCUGGAGGAAGACAUGACUAAACACGCAUACUAUUAUUCUGGACUAGGAGCUGGUGUUCUCUUGGCUGCCUACAUGCAAGUUGCAUUUUGGACAGUGGCAGCUGGUCGGCAAAUCAAGAAAAUCAGACAGCAAUUUUUUCAUGCAAUAAUGCGACAGGAAAUUGGAUGGUUUGAUGUAAAUGAUGUGGGGGAACUCAACACUCGACUUAUAGAUGAUGUCUCCAAGAUUAAUGAAGGAAUAGGGGACAAAAUUGGAAUGCUAUUUCAAGCAGAAGCUAUGUUUCUCACUGGGUUUAUAGUUGGUUUUAUAAAAGGAUGGAAAUUAACUCUUGUGAUACUGGCAGUCAGCCCUGUCCUGGGAUUAUCAGCUGCUAUAUGGGCAAAGGUACUCUCUGCAUUUACUGACAAAGAACUAACUGCCUAUGCAAAAGCAGGAGCUGUUGCUGAAGAAGUUCUGGCAGCAAUUAGGACUGUGAUAGCUUUUGGAGGACAGAAAAAAGAAAUUGAGAGAUAUCAUAAAAAUUUAGAAGAUGCAAAACGUAUUGGAAUUAAGAAGUCUAUUACAGCCAGCAUUUCUAUGGGUAUUGGUUUUUUACUGAUCUAUGCAUCGUAUGCAUUAGCUUUCUGGUAUGGAACCACCUUAAUAUUAUCUGAAGAUUAUACUAUUGGAAACGUUCUAACAGUCUUUUUUGCAAUACUAAUCGGAGCUUUUAGUGUUGGACAAACUGCACCAAGCAUUGAGGCACUUGCUAAUGCUAGAGGAGCUGCCUAUGCAAUCUUUAAGAUCAUAGACAAUGAACCACAGAUCAACAGUUUUUCAGAAGCAGGCUACAGACCAGACAACAUUAGAGGGAAUCUGGAAUUCCACAAUGUUUAUUUCAAUUAUCCAUCUAGACCAGAUGUUAAGGUAUUGAAAGGCUUGAAUCUGAAAGUUAAUUGUGGCCAAACGGUAGCCCUAGUUGGCAGCAGUGGCUGUGGGAAAAGUACAACAGUUCAACUGAUACAAAGAUUUUACGACCCUGAAGAGGGCAAGAUUACUCUUGAUGGGCAGGAUAUUAAGACUCUAAAUACAAGAUAUCUAAGAGAGAUCAUUGGCGUGGUGAAUCAGGAGCCUGUCCUAUUUGCUACAACGAUAGCAGAAAAUAUCUGUUACGGCCGCGAAAAUGUUACCAUGGAAGAGAUUGAAAAAGCGGUCAAGGAAGCCAAUGCUUAUGACUUUAUCAUGAAGCUACCUGAUAAGUUUGAAACUGUGGUUGGCGAAAGAGGGGCACAAUUAAGCGGUGGUCAGAAACAGAGAAUAGCAAUCGCACGAGCUCUGGUUCGCAAUCCCAAGAUUCUUCUCCUUGAUGAAGCAACAUCAGCAUUGGAUACUGAAAGUGAAUCAGUUGUGCAAGCAGCUCUAGACACGGCACGGAAAGGACGCACCACUAUUAUAGUAGCUCAUCGUUUGUCUACAGUUCGUAAUGCAGAUGUUAUAGCUGCAUUUGACGAUGGAGUUAUCACAGAACAAGGAACCCAUGAUGAACUGAUGAAAAGGAAUGGAGUUUAUUACAAGCUUCUUAAUAUGCAGAAGGUAAGAAGUGAUGUUGAGUCAGAAGAAGUUGAAGAUAUAUUAGGCCUCAAAAAAAGCACUUCAGAAGUGGCACUGACAAGGCAAUCCACUCGGAAAAGCAUCAAAAAGCCCAGAACACAGAGUGAUAUCCAUGAUGUCAAAAUUGUUCAGCCUGAUGAAGAUGUACCUCCAGUUUCAUUUCUGAAAAUUAUGAAGCUGAACAAAACUGAAUGGCCUUAUUUCAUAGUUGGAAUUUUGAGUGCAACUAUCAAUGGAGCCUUACAACCUGCAUUUGCAAUCAUAUUUUCAGAAUUUAUAGGGAUUUUUGCAACAAUAGACAAGACCAGUAUAAGAGACAAGAGCAACAUGUAUUCACUGUUACUUUUAGUCAUUGGAGUAGUUUCUUUCAUUACAUUUUUUCUCCAGGGUUUCACAUUUGGCAAAGCUGGAGAGAUCCUUACAAUGAGGCUUCGAUUCAUGGCCUUCAAAGCAAUGCUUAGACAGGACAUCAGCUGGUUUGAUGACCCAAAAAACAGCACUGGGGCAUUAACUGCAAGACUUGCUAAUGAUGCUUCACAAGUGAAAGGUGCUACUGGUUCCAGACUGGCUUUACUCGCCCAGAAUAUAGCUAAUCUUGGUACUGCAGUUGUUAUUUCAUUAGUCUACGGUUGGCAGUUGACCCUUUUGCUUUUAGCCGUUGUGCCAAUCAUUGCCAUAACAGGACUCAUUGAAAUGAAAAUGCUAUCUGGACAUGCCCAGAAAGAUAAGAAAGAACUGGAAAUUUCAGGAAAGAUUGCUACCGAAGCCAUAGAAAAUAUUCGAACUGUGGUUAGUUUGACCCGGGAAAGAAAAUUCGAGUUCAUGUAUGGACAAAGUUUACAGGGACCAUACAGAAAUUCUGUGAAGAAGGCACACAUCUUUGGAUUUAGUUUUGGACUGUCACAAGCCCUUCUUUACUUUACCUAUGCUGGUUGCUUUCGGUUUGGUGCCUAUUUAGUGAUAAAUGGACACAUGGAUGCUACAGAUGUGUAUUUGGUGUUUUCAGCUGUUGUAUUUGGUGCAAUGGCACUAGGACAGAGCAGUUCAUUUACUCCAGACUACGCCAAAGCCAAGAUGUCAGCAGCUCAUAUGUUCAUGCUGUUUGAAAGGGUACCCUUAAUAGAUGGUUACAGUAAGGAAGGACUCAAGCCUGAAAUAUUUGAUGGCACCAUAACAAGCAAAGAGGUGAUGUUUAACUAUCCAACUCGACCGGAGGUCAAAGUGCUUCAAGGUUUGAAUAUUAAGGUAGAAAAAGGACAGACCCUGGCUCUUGUAGGCAGCAGUGGCUGUGGGAAGAGCACUGUUGUUCAAUUGAUUGAGAGAUUCUAUGAUCCUCUUGAUGGAGAAAUGCUGCUAGAUGACCAAAAUACAAAGGCUUUAAAUAUUCAGUGGCUUAGAGCUCAGAUUGGUAUAGUCUCACAAGAACCAAUUCUGUUUGACUGCACUAUUGCUGAGAAUAUUGCAUAUGGAGAUAACAGCAGAGAGGUGUCACAUGAAGAGAUUGUCAGUGUAUCAAAAGCAGCCAACAUCCAUUCCUUCAUUGACUCUCUACCAAAUAAAUAUAAUACCCGUGUAGGAGACAAAGGAACUCAGCUCUCUGGUGGUCAGAAGCAGAGGAUAGCCAUUGCUCGAGCUCUUAUACGUCAGCCUCAAGUUCUACUGCUGGAUGAAGCUACAUCUGCACUUGAUACAGAAAGUGAAAAGGUUGUCCAAGAAGCAUUGGAUAAAGCCAGACGAGGUCGCACAUGCAUUGUAAUAGCUCACCGCCUGUCCACCAUCCAGAAUGCUGACAAGAUAGCAGUGCUCCAGAAUGGAAGAAUUGUAGAACAAGGAACUCAUCAGCAACUCUUGGCUGCAAAAGGCCUCUAUUAUUCACUUGUCAGUUUUCAAGCUGGGUCAUGUAAUCUUUGAACUAAAAACAGUUCCAUAUUUCUGAUGUGGAACUGUGCAUCUAUAUUUCAGUAUUUUGCAAAUUGUGUUGUUAUUGAACUGUUUCAAUAUGCAUGUUUUUCAGAAAUGAUCUGUAAAUAGAAAAGUUCAUGCAAGGAAGAAACUGUCAAUCACACACAUCAAUGUUGUUGUUAUUAUUGAUUUCCUGGCUUAAAAUAGUUAGUGUUAGUAUGUUCAUACUACUUUCUCUCAAUAAGUCUAUAUCCAGAAAACUAUUAGAAGAUAUCUACAUGAAAACUGCAUCAUUUUCCUACUUUGCUAAGAGAA